CCGCAGGGCUCGGGCUCCGCGCCGGGCGCGCUCGCUGCGGCGGGGGCGGCGCCGAGGCAGGUGGAAUCCGCUCCUGCUCUGCUGAUCAUGGUCAACAAGACCUUAAACUACUGGGGUCCCAGUUUUGAGGAGGACGUUAUCAACAUCAACGUGGGCGGUCUGCGGCGGCGGCUGAGCUCCAGUGCACUCUCCAAGUUCCCCGACACGCGCCUGGGCCGGCUGCUCUCCUGUGACUCGGAGGAGUCCAUCCUGCAGCUCUGCGAUGACUACGACGUGAGCGCCAGGGAGUUCUACUUCGACAGAAACCCCGGCUUCUUCCUCUACGUCCUCCACUUCUACCAGACGGGCAAGCUGCACGUCAUGGAGGAGCUGUGCGUCUUCUCCUUCUGCCAGGAGAUCGAGUACUGGGGCAUCAACGAGUUCUUCCUGGACUCCUGCUGCAGCUACCGCUACCACGAGCGCAAGCUGGAGAGCCGGCACCACAACUGGGAUGAGGAGAGCGAGGUGAGCAGCGUGGACACGUCCCCUGAUGAGAUCUCUGACAUCAACCAUGACCUGCUGCGCUACAGCACCCUGCGCUGUGGCAACCUGCGCAAGCGCCUCUGGCUCACCAUGGAGAACCCCGGCUACUCCAUCCCCAGCAAGCUCUUCAGCUUUGUGUCCAUCAGCGUGGUGCUGGUGUCCAUAGCCACCAUGUGCAUCCACAGCAUGCCAGAGUACCAGGAGGUGGAUGAGAGUGGCAACGUGCUCGAUGAACCCAUCCUGCACAAGCUGGAGUAUUUCUGCAUCUCCUGGUUCACCUUCGAAGUGUCCUCCCGCCUCCUGCUCUCACCCAACCCCAGGAAGUUCUUCAAGCACCCACUGAACCUGAUUGACAUUGUGUCAGUGUUGCCUUUCUACUUCACCCUCCUGGUGGACGUGACCAUGGGCAGUGACUCGGAGCUGGGCAACCUGGGCAAGGUGGUGCAGGUGUUUCGGCUCAUGAGGAUAUUCCGGGUGCUGAAGCUGGCUCGGCACUCCACUGGACUCAGGUCACUGGGGGCCACCUUGAAG